GUGCGUGGCGAUCGCCGGUGCGCUGUGUCCCACGGACGGAAGAUGUCGUCUCGGUCAUGUGAUCAGCUGUGUCCAAUCACAGCUGAUCACAUGUAAACACGGAAAUGGGAUAUGUAGACUGAUCAUCAGGGCACUGAUGAUCAGUGUGCCCUGAUGAUCAGUGUGGCCCCAGAAGUGCCACCUGUCAGUGUCCAUCAGUGCCAGCAGUCAGUGCUCAUCAGUGCCACGUGCCAGUGCCCAUCAGUGCUACAUCAAUGCCACAUAUCAGUGCAUACCAGUGCACAUCAAUGCCAAAUAUCAGUGCCCAUCUGAGCUGCCUUUCAAUGUUACCCAUCAGUGCCAGUCAGUGCCACCUAUCAGUGCUGCCAAUCAGUGUCACCUAUCAGUGCCAGUCAGUGUUGCCUAUCAGUGUGCAUCAGUGCCGCCUAUCAGUGCUAGUCAGU